AUGAUCGAAGAAUCGUCUCUCCGCUUGUGGAAGCGGAAUCUUGCGCACCCAAGAGUCUGGGUCCCUGAAAUUAGGUUAAAAGAAUAUGGAACCUCUUUGGAGUUUCUUCUACCGGAUUACGAGCUGGAAUGUGUGCCUACCGAGAAUGGCCCGCAGAACGGCGGCACUACGCAUCUAUCAAAGGCUUUAGAGGCUGAGGUUGAAUUGAAACUCUCACUACAACCCCAGCUACACCGACCUCAUAUAGACCUCUAUAAGGCCGCCAUUUCCCAGGUCCAGGCUGUCAGUUUGCUUUUCCCGGACUGUCACGCAGACAGUGUUUGUAUCUGCAUGACAGCCUGGGUCGGGACUUUGUGCACAGUUGAUGAUAUGCUUGAAGACAUGAAGCCUCUCGAAGCGGAAGCAGCCUUGCAGGAAAUCAUUAGUGUUUUAGAAGAGAAAGGUGGGCGCAAAUACACAGCCGCUAGGGGAGAUGCGAAGUAUGUAUAUCAUACUCACGGCAGUCUAGGUACCUACACUACGUCACGGUCCACAGUGGCAGUGAUGGUCGCCAAAUUUAAAGCCCACUGUGAGAAAUACCUGCCUACCGCGCUGUCUCACGCCGUCUUCCGUGAUCUCUCCGAGACUUUUCAGGGCAUGCAGCAAGAAAUGCAGCUCAAGCGGGGCAGUUUGCCUUAUGAUUUAGACACUUAUAUGAGCAUCCGUACCCGAACUAUAGGGAUCAAGCCAUUGUUCACGCUGGCUUUGAGUACAUGGAGACAAGACCAUAUCUGGUCCAGUACAUUGGACAAUAUUCAAAAUGAGGUUAAUAUGGUCGCUGGGCUUCAGAACGACCUUAUUGGACUCGAAAAGGACCUCAGAAAGGGCGAGCAAGCAAACGCAGUUAUAAUAUUGAUGGGGAAGCAUUAUGACCAACAUCUAGAUCGUGAAGACUUGCAGAAGGUAACCAAAUACCUUUGCGAAAGGCACAACUUGGCCAUAUCGCGGCUUAUAAAACAAAUGGAAGACUUGCGACGAAGCGCUCACCUUCAAGAUCGAGAUCAAGUCCUGGAGAUGGUCCUUUUGGAUAUGCAACUUUUGUUUUCCUUAACUCAUUUCCAGUGGUGUACGUCCGCAAAGCGAUACAAGGGAGACUAG